AUGUCCUCCGCCAAAUCGCGUCUGUCCAGUUUGGCAGCGCAGAUCUUCCCUUCCAACUCUCAGCCGCCAGCGAGCAAGUCAAUCGACAAUCUCAGCAUCGACAAUCACACCGUUGGCACGCCGUCAUGGUAUAACGUCCAUACUCUUUCGCCGGCCUUCUUCCUACCCCGCGCCGCAUCCAUCGAGCCUAAUGCCCCUGCCAUCUAUCACCGCACAGCCAACAACAAGAUACUGAGAAGAUCGUAUAUCGAGUUCGCUGACCGAGCGCGAGGCUUCGCAUAUUACAUUAAGAAGAAAGGAUACAGGAGAGUCGGGAUAUUGUGCACGAAUACGCCGGCCUUUCUCGAAGCCAUCUUUGGCAUUGGAGCGGCAGGCGCAAUCAACAUCGCGAUAAAUUAUAGGUUGAAAAAGGAUGAUAUCGCCUAUAUUUUCGACCAUGCCGAUGCCGAUGCUAUUAUAGUCGACGCCGAGUUUCUUCCCUUGCUCGAUGAUUACAGGCAAAGACACCCUGACGUGCCCUUGAUCAUCGACACAGACACCGAUGCUAUCGAGGGCCAGCUAUGUGGACCCUUUGAUGAAGCUGUGCUUGAUGGCCUUCGAUACGACGCGUCCCUGGGCUCUCGUGGCUGGGAUGGUCUAGAGGUACAAGCCUCCGACGAACUUGCCGUCAAUGCUUUGGCAUAUACAAGUGGCACGACCGCCCGUCCCAAAGGUGUCGAGUACACCCAUCGUGGUUGCUAUUUGGGAGCUCUAGGCAAUAUCAUUGAUUCCGGACUUGCAUAUCAUGAUGGUGAGCGGUGCAAGUAUCUCUGGACCUUGCCAAUGUUCCACGCCAUGGGUUGGACUUUCCCCUGGGCCGUAACUGCUGCUCGAGGAACACAUUACUGUCUCCGCAAAAUCGACUACCCAGAGAUCUGGCGGCUGUUGAAGGACGAAGGCAUCACCCAUUACUGUGCAGCCCCGACCGUCAACACUCUUCUGUGCGCUGAUUCUAAUGCCCAACGGCUGCCCAACCCCGUGCGAGUCACGGUGGCUGCCAGUCCUCCCACGGCACAUCUAUUUGAGCAGAUGACAAAGCUGAAUUUGCACCCGGUACAUGUUUAUGGGAUGACCGAGACAUAUGGUCCAAUCACAAAAGGAUACAUUCUGCCAGAAUGGAACCAGUUCCCAAAUGUCAAGGACAAAUAUGCGAAAAUGGCUCGUCAAGGACACGGCUUUAUCACCUCACUGCCCGUUAGGGUGAUCAAAACGGAUGUGCCCGAGGGCACGAUCAUUGAUGUCGAAAAGGAUGGCAAAGAGAUAGGAGAGAUUGUGUUCAAUGGCAACAUUUGCGCUCGAGGGUACUACAAGGACGAAGAAGCGACAAGAAAGCUCUUCCUCGGCGGUGUGUUGCACUCCGGCGAUUUGGCAGUGUGGCAUGAAGAUGGAGCCGUCCAGAUUCUGGACCGUGCAAAGGACAUCAUUAUUUCGGGUGGUGAGAACAUAUCUUCCGUCGCUUUGGAGUCACUGCUUGUCACGCAUCCGGAUAUCCUGGAAUGCGGCGUCGCUGCCGUCAGCGACAGCCACUGGGGCGAACGACCCAAGGCCUUUAUUACCGUCAAACCCAACACCAAGGUGACGGGCGAAGAUGUGAUCAAAUGGGCGCGUGACCAUCCAGGAAUCAGCCGGUUCAUGGUGCCGCGAGAGGUCGAAAUUGUGCCCGAGUUGCCCAAAACCAGCACAGGCAAGAUCAGGAAAAAUAUACUCCGAGAAUGGGCUAAAGGCGCAAAGAGAGAAAAGGACUAA